UGAGGAGGCAGACCCGCUCGAGCUUGGCUCGUUGACAGCCCCUCCCCCCUCUGUUUUUUUCCCCUUUCCCUUCUCUCUGACUCUCCUCGCUUGGUCUUCAUUCCCUGGCGGCCACGACUGGGCGAGCGGCAGCGCCAGUCGCCACGUCCUCGCCCAGCCCUUUGCCGGCGACGAGCAUCCACCAGCAGGAUAUGUGUAACCUUCAUUGCUGAGGCAGAUUGACUGCUGUGCCUCUGCCUUCUCCAAGUGCCAGGGGCGCAAGGCAAGAUCACGGCCAUGGAACCUCAUAAGCUUCGCUUUGUUAGAUGCCCCAGAUGCAACCAGCUUCUUGUUGAAUACCCCUCCAUUCCAGUUUACAAGUGUGGUGGCUGCGGCACUGUUCUCAGAGCGAAAAAUCGAGCUGUGCCUGUAGCACAAGCUGGCUCGGGAUCCGAUCAGUGCAACAGCUUUCCAAAUAGCCUGCAAGGAUCCCCUCAGAGUAGCAAAUCAAUUUGCUCUGAUGAACAGAAAGCUGCCUCCACUGUUGAUCAGUCUCGUGAAGCCAUGGUUGAUGGAAGCGUGCCCUCCACUAUUGACAACAAUGACCCCUGCAAGGUUGCAAUUCCAAAACGAGCAAUUUCCGCAGCAAACACUUUAACCCAUGAUGAGGAUCUGAAUGAGGAAGCAGGCUCCCUAAUUGAUGGGAACAAGAAAAACUCAGAAGAGGAUAUGGUCAAGGAGAUACAUGACAAAGACAGUGGCGCUGACAGUAGCUCAAAUUUGACUGAAAAACUUGACACAAGUGAAAAUCCAAAUGGUGGUGAAGUAGAUGGUUUUGCCACUAGUGAUGUGAGUACACUGAAUGGGAAAGAAGUUGUUCACAAGGAGGAGAGGCUACAAUCAUAUGAAGGUAUGCAAGUUGAAUCACAUGAAGCCCUGAUUGAAGAGUUGGAGAGGUCUCUUUCAUUCAGUAGUGAUGAUGGAUACUUUUCGGAUGAAGCAGAAAACGUCGGGCUUAGUGACGCUUUACGCAAUCAGAUGGGUAGCCGCAGAUUUAUGCUAGGGGUCAAAGUGAAUGAUGCCUCCCGGAGUGAUCCACAUGGUCGGUUGAUUGAGGAACUAGAGAUGUCUUUCAGCGAUGCAGAAGAGCCAAUGGAGCAGCAUGCUGUUCUUGUAGAGAGAGUUCAUGGAAAUGUGCAUGAUAUGCAUCCACAGAACCUAGAUGCUGAAAGUGCACAUCCAUGUGAAGAAAGCCUCUCAUCAUUAGACGAUGGACAUCUCAAACACGAACAAACUUCUCAUCAAGAAAUCAGGCUAAUAGGUAAUGACAAUAAAGUAAAGGAAGAGUGCAAUACUGAAGAAAACAGUGCUGCCAACCAUGAAGCAGAGGACAUUGCAAAUAGUUCUAGUGAGAGUGCCAAGGAUUGGCAAUCCAUUGAUAUUGAAAUUGCAGAUCCAUGUGAAGUGAGCUCCUCUUUAUUUGUUGACAGCAAUAUAAAAGAUAAUUGUAAUGAUGCAAUGGAAGAGUGCCAUACGGAAGAUGACAGUACGGCCAACCGUGUUAAUGGGAAUGCACAUAGUAUGGUUGCAGAUGAGGACAUUGUAGAGGUAUCUCAUGAAAAUGGUAAGGAUCAGCAAUUCACAGAUGCUGAAAGUGCUCAUCCCUUUGAAGGAAGUGUGUCUUCGAUUGAUGAUGGGAAUGAAAAAAUUAAGCAAAGUUUUCAACAAAAUGACCUGAUAGCAGAUGUCACUCAAGAAACAGAAGAAGAGUGUUGCAUGGAAGAUGAAAACGUGAACAGCUAUGUUCAUGGUAUUGAGAAUCUGAUUAUUUCAAAAGACGACAUUUCAGAUAGACCAUGUGGUAAUGAAGGGCUAAUGGCAGAUUGUCGUUAUGGAGAAAAUAAAGAGAGCCAUAUGGAAAAUGAAAAUAUGGCUAACACUGUUGAUGCGAAUGAGAAUGUGGCAGCUGCAGAUGACCACAUUGCAGAGAGAGUUGAUAAUAAUGAAGCCCCUCUUCAUUCAGGUGAUAUGGCUAACACUGAUGGUAAGGAUCAGCAGUCCCUGGAAGCUGAAGGUACAGAUCUAGUUGAAGAAGUCCUCUCUUCACUUAACACCGGACAUAUCAAAUCUGAACAAUGUCUUCAACAAAAUGAGCUAAUAUCUGAUGGCUCUAAGGAAAAGGAAGAUGCUGAUAUGGUAGACAGCAAUGCAAGUGCAACUGUUGCCAGAAUUUCAAGCUGGUCAUACAAGAGGACGCAAAACAAAGUACCUAGCUUUAAUAAGAACAAAGAAGAGAUAUCCUAUGGAUAUAAAGCUAGUCAACUUCGCCAGGGACUGUCUCUUGAUUCUGAAGACUCCAAGUCAAUUCAAAACUUUAUCGAGUCGCAAAUUGAUGGCACCUCAAGUUCUCAUUCAAGUGGGUCUCCAAGUCAAGGGGUUUUGGUCCACAGGACAUCAACCAAAUUCAAUAAUAUUGUUAGACAUGAGCGCCUCAAAAAGAUGGAUGAACUAAGAGAUCAGCUAAGUAGGCUUUCUAGUGAGAAAAUCUCAGAGAAAAGUUAUCAGAAGAGAGACCCGGACCCGGAGUACCAGCAACAAUCCAAUAGCUGCGAUGUUGAACAGCAUCUCCCAAGCGUUGAUGGGGAUUCCAUUCGAAGCUCCCAUGCUCUAGAAUCCUAUUAUGGUCAUGGAAGGCCACCAAGGUACCAACCAUCCAAUUCUUUCUCACCAACCCAUACAUACCCACACUGUCAUUUUGGACACACCCAAACACGCAUACCUCACAGCUAUGACCCGUGGGAGUUCAAUUCAUAUUAUCAAUCCUCAUAUGCGGAAAGCACAAUUCUUGACUACGAGUCACUUAGAUCAAGCUACAAGGAGCACAAACGAGUGGUGAGAAAGCAUAUUUUGCGGCCUCUGUCAGGUGCUUCCCCAUACACUAUCUGCAACAGAUGUUUCAAUUUGGUUCAAAUGCCAUCAGAUGUCUACAUAUCAAAGGCCAAGAUUGGCAAAAUGCAGUGUGGUAAAUGCUCCAAGGUUCUUGCAGUAUCAUUUCCUUCAGUACAUCAGGCACAUGCAAAGAUCAGCGUGGAUGUGGUCCAACCAUCAUACAACCCUAAUUGCACAAUCCCAACGAAUGAGGAUAUUACUUCUUAUUAUGCUGAGUGCCUAACAGGGGGUCCUGUUAGUAUCAGUGAAGAUUAUGAAGCAUCAUACACAAGAAGCUUGCCUACUCAAGCUGGAUCUAGUAGCCUUGCUGCCACACAAAGUGCCAAGAAGGUUUCUGACUCGGCACUUCAUCGACUCAUGGGGUAUGAUUCAGCAAGCCAGUUGUUACGUCAUAGCAGAGUGUUCGAUGAUGGCUAUGAGAGCUUUGAGUCAAUGGUGCCAGUUUCUACCAGAGUAUCCAGAAGAAAGAACAAGUGAGGUCUUUCUCUGAAGUGUGUAACCUUUGGUCCCCUGCAAUUAGGAUGGGAGGGCCAAACAAUUUUGGGGUAUGUUUCAGCCGUACAAGUCUUUCUUAUGAUCAUGAAGACAAGUAGACACCUUGCCUGCAAAUAGUUUCAGAAGCUUUCCAGAGAACAUAAAGUUAUUUGAAGUAUUUUAGCCUUUCAAAUUCUUUAGUUGUGGUGUACAGACAUUACUUAUUCUUUCUGUAAAUUUUGCCCAUAUUUCACAUCCUACCAUUCGUAAAGAAAUAACUCCUACAUCUUGAAACAAGACUGGGAAAUGACAAUUCUAGAUAUUAGCUAGGU